CUUGGCUUCAAACCCAGGCAGUCAAGGCCCAAAAUGUUGAGUUGUGACGUCUCAAGGCGCCAGGGCACAGCCCACUGCCGAGCGGAAAGAAGCGUCUUGGCAGACUUACACGUGCUGACAACGCCCGGGGGUGAAGAUGACGUGUGCUCGAUACAGCAUUGUGACUCUAGCAGACUGUCAUGCUCUCGAGUCUCUGGAUUCACAAUAAAUGGAGAGUGCAGAGAGUCAAUGAGAAGAAGCCUUCUCUUCUAUAGCUCGUUUUCCCGAGCGUCUCUCCAUUUCUUUCGCCAGGAAUUCAGGUUUAGAUUUGACUGAGAUUCGGGCCCUCACAAGUGACAACGAUAACUUAUGGGGGGUGGGUCCAGCAGCCUCAUGUGGGCCCGUGCCAGCCUGAAGACUGUCGUCGCCUUCGCCUGUCGCCCUCCAUCAUGUUCUCCCCAAGUCGUCCGAAUUGAUCGUCGGCGACAGCGACCUCAGCAGCGGCGCACUGCGCAGUUGUCUCCAAGGUUUUCAAUACGGCCCUGGACCAUCGACUUGACGGGUUGUGCAAAUCCCUGUCUUUUAGCCCCAUCGACCUUUCGAGCCUCGCCAGGGUCAGCAGAUCGAAUUCCGAUUCUCAAAAUCUCCAUUCCGGUUCGUCCGCCGUGUCUUCCGCGACUGCUGUUGCCUGCCCUCUCCGUUGCAACACCACCACCAUCCGUCGGCACGGCGAGCAAUCCAUCUCGAUCCUUUCCCCCACUGAACCUUCUUCCGCUCGAUCCGACCCACCUGUUCGACCGCCGCCGCCUACAAGAUGCGUUUUCGGCAGAGUAUGGCCAGGCACUUCGGGGACAGUGUAAGGACCCGGAUUCUCUCCGCCCUGCUCUGACGGGGAGUCCUGGUAUAGGACUCGAAAUUUCUUCUGCAAGUGCGAAGGAUGUUGGCCUGCUGCGGCCUUUCUCCGGGCGAGUCGGUUCGGAACUUUUGAGGGUCGGGCGGGUGUGCUGAUGAAAAAAGAUGUGGGGUGUAAUCAGUGGGAUGUGAAAGGCCGAUGCCCUUGUUUCCUCCUACCCUGGCUUGCAAAUUUGCUGUUGAACGUGGAAUUGUUUGCAUGCUGUUGAUUUCGUUGCCUGGGCUGUGGACUAAUAUAUGCACAGCUCUCCAUGUCUCCCCCGAAACCAUACCUUUCUUACUACGAUAUCCGCCGUACGUG